CCGCCGUUUAUUCCAGUGUGAAGUGUGAAGAGAAGCUGCGGAUUAAAGGAUUAAACCGAUUUUCUUUCUCUGAGUUUCUGUUUAGGAACAUUUCCGUUCAUUCAGGAGUUUCUACAGACCAGGAGUUCUGAACAGUUCGUCUCUUUCUGAUCCACUGAACUGUUCAAAGCUGAUAUUCACAUUUUCCGAGAUGGAGACCCCUCAUCAGGACACGAAAGAUGGGUCCCCAGGCUUAAGCCAGAGUCUAUUCCACAUGAAGAGAUCACACUCUCCAGGACCCAGCUCUGUGACCAGUGAUAGGUCUAUAGAUCAUCCCCCAAUGUUCAGAGUUGGACCCCCCUCAUCUUUCCACAGUCUAAUCACAAUAAAGACACCAGACUCUCCAGUAACCAGCGGUGUGUUCGUGAAGAGUGGUGCACCUGUGGGUCGUCCGCUAGCGUUCGGAGAAGGACACCCCUCAUCUGGGCACAGACAUGGCCAUGCUUCUGAUGCAGUCAAAGUCCAAGAAAACUUCAGGUUAAAUCUGAAACAGAAGUUUGAGUGUCUGAAUGAGGUGAUCACAAACCAGGAAACCCCAACACUUCUCAGUGAGAUCUACACAGAGCUCUACAUCACAGAGGGAGACAGUGCAGAGGUCAAUAAUGAACAUGAGGUCAGACAGAUUGAGGCAGCAUCCAGGAGAACAGUAACAAAGGACACACCAAUCAAAUGCAAUGACAUCUUUAAACCCUCAUCUGAUCAAGACAAACCCAUCAGAACUGUGCUGACAAAGGGGGUCGCUGGAAUUGGGAAAACAGUCUCUGUGCAGAAGUUCAUUCUGGACUGGACUGAAGGGAAAGCAAAUCAGGAUGUCCACUUCAUAUUUCCACUUGCUUUCAGAGAACUGAACUUGGUGAAGGACCAAAAACUCAGUUUGGUGGAUCUUCUUCAUACACGGUUUAAGGAGAUUAAAGAAAUGGAAAUAUCCAGAUCUCACAAAGUUCUGUUCAUAUUUGAUGGUUUGGAUGAGUGUCGUUUCACUCUAGAUUUUCAGAGCACUGUGAGAUUGGAUGAUGUCACUCAGUCAUCCUCAGUGAAGGUGCUGCUAACAAAUCUGAUCAAGGGGAAUCUGCUUCCCUCUGCUCUCAUCUGGAUCACCUCCCGACCUGCAGCAGCUGAUCAGAUCCCCUCUGAGUGUGUGGAUCGAGUGACAGAAGUCCGAGGGUUCAGUGACCCACAGAAGGAGGAGUACUUCAGGAAGAGAAUCAGUGACCAGAGCCUGACCAAAAGAAUCAUUACACACCUGAAGACAUCAAGAAGCCUCUACAUCAUGUGCCACAUUCCUGUGUUCUGCUGGAUCUCAGCCACUGUUCUAGAGAGAAUGCUGGGUGAAGCAGAGAGUGGAGAGACCCCCAAAACUCUGACUCAAAUGUACACACACUUCAUCAUUCAAACAAAGAUCAUAAGAGAAAAGUACACAAACAACCAGGAGACAGAUGAAGAGAUACUAAUCAAACUGGGACAACUGGCUUUUCAGCAGCUGAUGAAAGGAAACCUGAUCUUCUAUGAGGAAGAUCUGACCGAGUGUGGCAUUGAUGUUGAAGAAGCAUCCGUGUACUCAGGUGUGUGUACACAGAUCUUCAGAGAGGAAUCUGGGCUGCACCAGACUAAAGUGUACUGCUUUGUUCAUCUGAGCAUUCAGGAACAUCUCGCAGCUCUAUAUGUGCACGUGACCUUCUUGAACCAGAAGAGCAAUGUGCUGAACCAGAGUCUGUCCUCUAAACUGGGGAUCUUCAUGAGAAAAGAAAUUCCAAUCUCCGAUGUACACAAGAGUGCUGUGGAUCAGGCCUUACAGAGUAAGAAUGGACAUCUGGAUCUUUUCCUUCGCUUUCUUCUGGGUCUCUCACUGGAGUCCAAUCAGAAUCUCAUACAAGACUUGGUGACACAGACAGGAAGUAACUCCCACAGCAAGGAGGAAACAGUUCAGUAUGUCAAGAAGAAGAUCAGAGAGAAUCCCUCUGCAGAGAAAUCCAUCAAUCUGUUCCACUGUCUGAAUGAACUGGAUGACCGUUCUCUAGUUGAGGAAGUUCAGCAGUACCUGCAGUCUGACAGUGUUAACCAAAGAACACUCUCUCCUUCACAGUGGUCAGCUGUGGUCUUUGUACUGCUGACAUCAGGAGGGAACCUGGAUAAAUUUGACCUAGAGAAAUAUAACAGAUCAGAUGAUGUUCUUCUGAAGCUGCUGCCUGUAGUUGCAGAAUCCAGAACAGCUAAUCUUUCAUUUUGUCAUCUGACAAAGAAAAGCUGUGCAGCUCUGGCCUCAGUGCUCAGCUCAGAAUCCUCCAUUCUGAGAGAGCUGGAUCUGUCUGAUAAUAAACUUGGAGAUUCAGGAGUGAAGCUGCUCUCUGCUGGACUGGAGAAUCCUCUCUGUAAACUGGAGACACUGUGGUUGUGUGAUUGUAAUAUCACAGAUGAAGGCUGUGCUUCUCUGACGUCAGCUAUGAAAUUAAACCCCUCACAAUUGAGAGAUCUUGAUUUGUCUGAGAAUAAAGUAGGAGAUUCAGGACUGAAGCUGCUUUCUGAUGUACUGGAGAAUCCUCUCUGUAAACUGGAUACACUGCAGUUGAGAGAGUGUAAUAUUACAGAUAGAGGCUGUGCUGCUCUGAAUUCAGCUCUGAAGUCAAACCCCUCACACCUGAGAGUGCUGAAUCUGUUUGGGAAUGACCAGAUAAAGAAAGGGCAUCAGCUGUUGUUUGCUCUUCAGCAAGAUGAAUAUUUCAGACUACAGGAUCUGAGAGUGUGAUAAUGAUGAGUAUUAUUGAUCACCAAAGAGACGACAUCAUGGAGAGAUGGAGUGAUUUCUGAAUGUGUGUGAGGAGCUCCAGCAGCAGAGGGAGACACAGUGUAUGAGUGUGUGGCCUAGAUGGACGUGUGUGUUUGUAAACUGAAAACUUCAUGAGAAAUAAAGCAGUAAACAAACACUAAAAACUCAACGUCUGAUAUUCAGAGAGGAGGAAUCUUCUACCCUGUCACAGGUAACAGAUGGAUCGUGUGAUGCUUUGUCCAGUGAAGGUCAUGAUGUUUUGUAUGUAGAAACCAGAAGAAAUGUUUUUGUUAAUCUGUGUUUGUACCAGUCGAGAUCAAGUCUUCCUUUAUUUAUGUUUUUGUUUUUCUUCUGUUUCCAUGGGAGCACAGUUAUAUGAACUGAGGCUCAUUUUAAAUCAGAAGCAGUGACUGCGCUGCAUGCAGUGUGGCUCCUGUGUUAAUCUGAGUGACCCUUUAAACUGGUCAUCUGAGUCUCUUUUAUGUUCAGUCAGUUCACCAAAGAUUAUUUUUAUUUAAUAUAAAAAAACUAUGCAUGUUGUUUUUUUUAAAUAUAUUCUGUUUAAACACCUCACACGCUCCGCCAUACUUCACUCUUUGAGUUCACACAUCUGUUGUUUAGGAGUGACAGACUAGAAGAUUCUGUUUCACAGGUUUUUAUAUAUUUUAUACAGAAUUUAGUGUUUUUUUUUCAUUCAGCUUUAUGAUCAGUACAGAAUGUGUGCAGUUAUUAUUCUUAUAAUUUUGUUUUCUACUGAAAUUUUUCUGGAAUUUACUUUUACCUUCUUGUGUUGAGAGUCUAAUUUAAGGUUCUGGUGCUUUUAUUGAACAGUGUUGAAUGUGGUGUUUGGUUGUAAUGUCAGAUUUGCAUUUCUGAAUCUUGCGUUUCUGGUAGGGACCUCACUUUACUGGGAGGCACACACAUUAGUCAUGGAUUGAAAGCAUUAAAUCAGAUUAUUAACAGAUUAUUGACAGAUUGCAUCAUUAGUACUGGUUAGUUGUUAUGUUGACUUUUUAUGAGUAAACACACAUCAGUUUAUUAUCAGAGUAAUAAAAUGCAUUUAUUACAAUUAAGUAAAUAAGCUCUGAACUAAUAAUCUAAACUAAUCUUCAGUUAACAGAAAACUCAGUUUUGUGUAUUAUAUAUUACUAAGUACAUAAUGAGUUACUAAGAAAUAUGUAAUACUCAAUGAACACUUACUGUAUAAAUAAUAUUUAGAUAAUGCCUCAUGAAAGACAAUUGAUACUCCCAAAUGUAUCGUUUUAAAUGUAUAUGCAAAUUAAUCUUAAAUAUAAAGUGUUACCAGCUACAUUUACAAAGCGUGCACCAUUCUCUUUGUGUUCACUUUUGAGGGAAGAUAUUUGGGUAAGGCAUGGUCUUCCUUCACUGCAGAUCUGUUAAUACACUAUAUUUCCAAAAGUGUUCACUCACCCAUCCAAAUCAUUGAAUUCAGGUGUUCCAGUCAGUUCCAUGGCCACAGGUGUAUAAAGCCGAGCCCCUAGGCCUGCAGACUG